UUUUUAGCAACAAUGAAGUUAGCGGUUGUAAUAAUAAUUGGUUUUUGUGGCUUUGCUUUAACUCCGGCUCAAAUAUACACCCAAAUAGGACCCCCUGGUCCUCCAGGACCACCAGGUCCUAACGGCUUGCCUGGUCCAAAAGGUGAAAUAGGUGAUAGAGGUCCAGAAGGUAGACCGGGAAAUCCAGGCUCUCGGGGUCCUACUGGUAGACGUGGCAAAACUGGUCCCCCUGGUCUCAUAGGCCCUCCUGGUACCCCUGGUAUAAGAGGACCUCGCGGUUAUGAUGGUGAACGUGGUCCUGAAGGCCCAGCUGGACCUAUGGGUCCCAUUGGUCCUGCAGGUCCUCCAGGACCAGCGGCAGCACCUGCAGCCCCAGCACCUACAGCUCCUGCCGCUCCACCUACUGAUCCAGCCCCUGCUCCAGAUACAGCCCCAGCCCCAGCAGGUAGAAUUGGCAUCAAUGACUUCCGACGACGUAAUAAUUUCCGUCUACGUGGUAAUGCUCAAGACGACGAUGAUGAUUAUGAACAUUAUAAUCGUCGACAUAUAUAUGAAUUGUAACUUUUAACCUCUGAAAAAUGUAAAAUAAAAUCUAAAAGAUAAAUUUA